CUACCAGCGCAAGUUCCGAUUAAAUACCGCUUUUCUGCUUUUCUGUCAAAUCCAACCUGGAAUUAAAAGUUAUACUGACUCGUGUGUGUAGGAUGUUCGUUGUUCGUUAUUCACAUAAAAUAUUUGCAUUGAACCCUACGUCACUGAAUUGUAUAAAAGUGAGAAAGUAUCGAAAAAAUAUUUUUAACAAUUCUAGUAUACUGGAUAUAUGAUACGAGAUUUUAAUAUAAAAGACAGAAUAUCCUCAGGCGGUCCAUUUCAAGCAUCUUGUAUCAAGGUACUAUGUCGAAACGUAAAGGCGUUUCUCUCGACGAGAAACGCAUGCGAAUGCUACAAAUAUUCUACGAGAAGAAAGAGUUCUUCACGCUGAAGGAGAUUGAAAAGAUCGCACCAAAAGAGAAGGGCAUUAUAGUGCAAUCCGUCAAAGAUAUAUUACAAGCACUGGUGGACGACGAUUUAGUACGAGCCGAGAAGAUCGGCACUUCCACUUAUUUUUGGAGGUUCCCAGGGGAAAAUAUUACCACGCUGGAGCGUACAAUAGCCGAUACGUCCAAAAAAAUUGUCGAGGCGGAAUUUAGGCUUCAAAAGCUGAAUGAAGAGAUCGCGAAGCAGAAGGAACUGAAAAAGGACACGGAAGAGAGGACAAACUUGUUGCGAGAAGUGGACCGACUGAGAGAAGAAGAGCAAGAAAUAAAACGAAAGAUCGUUCAGUUCAGUGGCGUCGAUCCAGAAACGAUUACGGAAAUGGGCAAGGAAGUAAAGAAGUACAAGGAAGCGAUUAAUGUGUGGACGGACAAUAUUUUCGCCAUUCAGAGCUGGUGCAAGAACAAAUUCAGCAUCCCCAAGGGAGACCUUAAUAAGCAAUUUAACAUACCGGAGGACCUGGAUUAUAAAGAAUAAAGUCUUCUUCCAUCA